CACAUAGAUCUGUCAUUUCUUCAUAGCAUUUAUAUCGCUUUUUGGAAAGUUAAUUUUUGUCUAGUUGUGGUUGUGGGAGAAAUACGUUUUUUUUUACGAGAUUUUCACUGAGAUUGUAUAAUAAAUAAUUAAAAAUGUUCAAAUCUGUGUUUACAUGCUUUAUUUUAUUGGCUUUAUCAAAUAUCUGCCUUUCUGAUGAUGAAACCAGCGCCCGCUUACUUAUUUCGAAACAAAUUCUGAACAAAUAUUUGGUAGAGAAAAGUGAUCUGCUUGUACGCUAUACAAUCUACAAUGUUGGAAAUGGUGCCGCCACAAAUGUGAAAUUGGUUGACAACGGUUUCCCUGCAGAAGCUUUUGAAAUUGUUGGUGGUCAACCUACAGCUACCGUUGAACGUAUCGCUCCACAAGCCAAUUACACGCAUGUAUUGGUUGUGCGUCCCAAAGCUUAUGGAUAUUUCAAUUUUACUGCCGCUGAAAUUUCAUACAAACCAGUUGAGGAGGCUGAAAAGUUACAAUUGGCUGUAAGUUCCGAACCCGGUGAGGGUGGAAUUAUUAAUCUUGGAGAAUUCAACAAACGAUUCUCGUCACAUUUCUUUGAUUGGGUCGCUUUCGCUAUUAUGGCAUUCCCAUCAUUAGUGAUCCCAUUGGCACUGUGGCACUCCUCAAAGAGCAAGUAUGAACGCUAUGGCAAGAACAAAAAGCACUAAACGUAAUUUACAAUAAACUCUUAAGCGAAAUUGCUUAUCCAUUUUAACAAAGAGUCGCAAACAACGAUUCAGUAUCAAAAUGAACGCAAUGUACGCAGUGGAAGUUUAAAUCUAUUUUAAAGAAUUUAUUAAAAAAAAAUUAAGUUCUUUUUGAAUAGCAUUGGCGUGAAGUGAAACCGAAACUUAAUGCUAAAUCGUUUUAGAUUUAUUUGAAAACUUUAGAAAUCUAAGAUUUGCAGGCAAAAUGCAUUAGAUGAUUUGUCCCUAACAUGUUUUCUAAUAAUAAAAAAAUUUAAACAGAAGUCAA